AUUUCAUCACACGUGUCGGCUGUGUCUAACGCCCGCAGUUCACCCGACUGCUACAAACAAGACAAUCACUGCGUUCUGACUGCACUGUAGACAACUGCAAAUUUUCAGUCUGUGAGAGGUAUUCAGGUGGGAUAACCUGAGUGCUCACGGGUGCCAUGAAUUGGGCUUUUCUUCAGGGUCUCCUGAGCGGGGUCAACAAGUACUCCACGGCAUUUGGCCGAGUCUGGCUGUCCAUAGUCUUCCUUUUCAGGGUCAUGGUCUUCGUCGUAGCUGCGGAGAAGGUAUGGGGCGACGAGCAGAAAGACUUUGCGUGUAACACAGCUCAGCCUGGCUGCCAUAACGUUUGCUACGACCACUAUUUCCCAGUGUCCCACAUACGUCUGUGGGCGCUGCAGCUCAUCUUCGUCACCUGUCCGUCAUUCCUCGUGGUGCUACAUGUGGCCUACCGUGAGGAACGUGAACGGAAGCACCGCCUGAAAUACGGCGAGGGCUGUCAGCGCUUGUACGCCAACACCGGAAAGAAACGCGGCGGUCUUUGGUGGACAUAUAUCCUCUCCUUGGUUUUUAAAAUGGGAGUUGAUGCGACGUUUGUGUAUCUUCUGUAUCACAUCUAUGAGGGGUAUGACUUCCCCACCCUGGUGAAGUGUUCUGAGGCUCCUUGCCCCAAUGUGGUUGAUUGCUUCAUCUCUCGGCCUACAGAAAAGCGGAUCUUCAGCAUCUUCAUGGUGGUGACUAGUCUAGUGUGCAUCCUGCUCUCCCUUUGUGAAAUCCUCUACCUGGUGGGCAAACGCUGCUUUGAAUGCAUCCACAGGAUGCACGGCUCAAGGCAGAUAAACAAAGCAAGGUCCAUUGCUAACAUGAGGAACUCAAAUACUCAUUUAGAUUCAAACAGCAAGAAACUGGCAAGCAAAAACCAGCCAGCGCCAGCUUACAGUUUGGUCGUCUCAUCAAAAAAUGAGCUUCGAAACUACUAAAAGUGGGACUCCGAGAGAUGGAAAAUUUCAUGUUCACCAUGAUGUGAACUCUAACGUGACCAACUCAGUGGACGGUUGGCAGUAGGGAAAGCUGCUUGUAAGGCUAAAUUAUAUCCACUGGAUCUUUUUGCUGGAAAGUUGUGGCCUGAUAAACAAUGUUGUAUAUUUGAAAUGUUUAUAGGGGUCAAAAUGUCAACAUUCAGGAUGACACAAUCUUUAGUUUGACUAAAGUAAGUUUCUGCAGGGUUUUGGGUGUGGUGUGUCUUUUGUUAGGCCAAGCUCCAAAACACCAACACCAACGGGCACUUUAAAAAGCAAAUACAAAGCAGAUGUAUAAGACCGGAUAAUUACUAAUAAUUACGGAGUACAUAUUUGUUGUUUUUUCAACUGACACUAACAAGCAAAACGUGACUGCAUAUGACGUUAAAUCACUUUCUCCUUCACAUAUUUUCAUAGUUGUUCAUUUCUUUCAGAAGAAACCAAAGAUAGUACAACUCAUUUACAGAGGAAUCAAUUAUCUACAGAAGCCUGUUUUUAUCGCAGAGUAAAAAUGUUGAGUAAUUGCGACUUCAUAACUCACAAUGUGACUUUUAAAAAAAAAAAAAACUGUCAAACAUUUACAAACCUGUAAAACUUUCUUUUCAUAUUUUGAGUAAUGUUUUAACCAUUAUUGUCUGUAUAGUGCAAGUCCUUGGGGUUCAAAACAACAUUGAACUCUAAUGACUUACACAGACUAAAUAUUUUUUAAAAAAUGCAGUGACAUUAGUGUGAGUAAAUGAUUGUAAUUUUCAGUUAAACUGACUGAAUCGUGACUCACAACGUGACUUUUUAUGGCGCAGUAUGACUUUAUAUCUCACAACGGCUGUUUUAUCUUUCGUAAAAGCAACAUAUAAUUCAUAUGCCUUUAUUUCUUGUUCAACUAAGUUAAUUUUUUACUCUGAGGUGAAAACGGUUUAUUUCUGUUGCAUGUGAGAACAGCAUGCAUAGAUACAUCAGUCUACAUUUCUUCUUUAUAUAUUUACAGUCGUCAUACAAGUACAUGCUGUUAAACUUAACACGUAUUUACAAAUCCAUUAUUUUCGAAACCUGCUUGGCCACUCUAAUUUAUACUUAAAUUUGAAUGUAAAUUUAAAUUAGUUUGUUUACAGAUUUGUACGAAACUUUGUACUGUAUUUUAUUUUUUAUUGUUAGUACUCAAUAUUUUGUAAUCAUUUUUGCUGAGUUGUUGUUUGUAUAUUAGCUGGUGUGUGUGUCUAAACUCUGGUGCUUCAGUCCAAUGUCUUCCAAGAACUUGCAGUAUUUAAAACAUCUUGAAUUUAAUGAUAAAUGUUCAACACUGCCAGAUGAUCAAACUCAAAUAAGGUUGUUUUGCCUGUGUGUGUAUGCGUGUGGGUAUGAGAGAGUUUUUCAUUCACUGAUAAACAUAUCCAGAAAAGUAAACACCCUCCAAAGUUAGAAAUCCUCUGUUUGUAUGCUAACCUUUUUGCAUUCUUUCCUAAUUACUGUGUUUAGAGUUGUUUACAUUUUGAGAUACAUUAAAAUCUGCUUUUUAUUUUCUUACAAUCUGCUGCUUGUUUAAACCAGUGAUUUCUGAUGAAUUGAGGAUGCAGAUGAAAAAACUGACUUUGCUGCUCACAGACUUGAUUUGACUUCUAAAGCCAGUUAAUCUGCAUGUGAUUGUGCUGUGGAGCAAGAAAUGUCAAGAAUGAAAAUGGCAGAGAUAAACAUCUUUAUGUACUGUCUCAGCAUGACAGUUGGAUUCACAUCAAGAUUAAAACCUGCAAGUUAGAAUGAGAACAUAUAAAUCCCAUAGAUCCCAGCUGCACUGCGGAAAAACGAAAACAAACCACUUUUCUUAAACUAAUCCUCAGGCUGUUUUGUACCUGGAUUG